AUGACCCUUCACUGCAUCCAACGCGUCAACCUUGCCUUUCUUAUUAUCGCUGUUGUUUCCACCAGUAUUCUGCCAAGCCAAGCCGAGAUUGUGGAACUGGAUGUUGCCAAUUUCGAGACCACUUUGACGCGGCAACCAUGGACAUGUGUGUUGUUUUAUGAUGGCCACGAUGACAGGAGCAGUGCGGAAGGUGACGAGCUUUUGAACAGCUUGGAUGCAGAAGCUGCUGGUCGAUAUGCCUUGGCUCGUUUGGAUAUCUGUCGGCACAGCUAUUACCGUCGAGCGUAUACCGACGAUGACGACGAAGACGAGCCAUUUUUGGAGGCAUAUUACACAGACUUUCCUGAUAAUCCCAGCACUUUGAUGGACUCGAUGACGACUCUGAGCCCGUCAUCACUGCUCAAGUUUGUCGACGUGUUUUGGGAGAACAAACUGGUUUUGAUGGGCAAUGAUUUCAACAUCUACGCCGAGAUGCCGUUGAACACGGGAACUGCCAGUCUGGAACAUCUGGUUGGCAAUGCAACACGCUGGUUGGGUCAACGCACACAUUUACUUCCAGUCAAUAGUACUAGUCUUAUUACAGCACCAAGGCAGCUACAAGACAAUCAACGCAAGGAGGCUCUGCUGGAUGACAAAAACAACCCGCAAAAGAACGACUUUGAUUUCACAAGCUAUCAAGCUGAGGAAGAAGAAUACAGGGAGAGUUUAGAAGACGACGAAGAUUUUGUGUUGCAAACGGGCAGUGAAUCUUCUAGUGAUAAGUCAUUCUUCAAGUACCAGCGGAAAACAUUGAAUGUUGCCCUCAAGGCACAAGACUAUUUGCAACAACUGAGUCAAAUUAUUUGCAUCUACCUAAUGUGGACAGAGUCCUAUGAAAUUCUUUGGGAUGAGGACCGUAAGGCACGAGAAGAUACGCAGACCAAUUACGGGGGGCACUUGGAGCGACUUCAUAAGGAUGUCACAGAGUUGAUUGAAUCAGUGUUUGGUACUGAUGAGCAGGGCGGGAAGAAAAAUUCUACCAGCACAGAAGCCAAGCAACAAUCUUCGCGCACAGAGGUACCGCCCCUCAAAGCGUAUCUUGAAGAGUUUGUGCUCGGCUAUGGCCGAUCCCCAACAGCUCUGAAGGAGUAUAUUGAAACUGAACUGGUCGCCAAGUUUAGAGAAACUGCAGCUGGCCGUCGAAACCAACGCAAAGAAACAACAAUCGAGUUUGCUUUGGCCAGACACUUGAAAGAUUACAUGUCAUUGUGGAUUGACACCGAUAAGAACAACCGACGCUACACCACGACCUUGGCCAAGCUCGUUCAAAAUUGGCACAACUUGCUGGUGGACUUUCACGCUUCCCUUCACAAAUCUUUCGAGCUCUACUUGAAAGCUCAAAAGUCCAUUCAAUCCACCGAUUUCCCAAGGGCAUCCCUACCUGUAUUGGAUAUCACUGAUCCCGACAAUACCGCCUUGUUGUCCAACUACACGGCAUUUCAUGAACAAUACACUCAGACUGCUACACCUGUGGUACUAUCCAACGUGCAGAUGUUCACGGGUGACAAGGCGUGGACUUUCGAUGAGAUCGUCAAGGCUUGUGGAAAGGUAGAUGUGACUCUUGAUCUCCAAACCGUCUUGCCUGUAGGCCAACCUUCCAACAAGGAGUGGGGAGGUUUGGGGGAAUACCUCCUGGAUUUCUCCCUGGUACUACCUCACAGGAGGAUCGAGGAGGACGAAGAAGAGGACGAGGACGAAUCUGGCAAAGUCCUGGAUGACGACGAAGAAGAUGAUUUCUAUAACUACGAUGAGAGUAUCAACCUGGAACAAUUCUCCAUACUCUCAUUCCUGGUGAAGAACCUAUACCUGUUUGAUUGGAAUCUUCUGGGUAAAUGUGACAACAUUCUUUACAACCGGACCUUGUACGAGACAACUCCUUCCUUUCAGAUCCCAACGGUGUUUGGGGCCUUUGACUUGAUGCAACGGGUGACAGUACAUCAGUUUGCAGACUACUGGCCUGCUCUGUUUGCCGGUACUCCUGGUACCCAUACAAAAUUGCAUACGGACCCAAAAUCCAUGGGCUUCUUCCUUUGGCUGCAGUCCGGGCGAAAACGGUGGACCGUUUUUCACCCGUCCGAGCGGCCAUACUUGUACCCUCGCUUCUACACGGAUUCGUACGUUCCAGACGUCCUGGGAAUGGAUAGAGUUACGAAAUCCGGAUUGCGUGCCAACAAGUACUUGUCAAAGCGCUUCCCACUUUUGCAUCGGACCGAGCAAGUUUACGAAUUCAUUCAAGAGCCCGGGCAACUGGUGUACAUUCCGCCUAACUGCCCAUAUGCCGAGGACAACAUCGACGAAGAUGGCCUGACUGUAGGCAUUGCAAUGAACAUUGUACCUCAUGAGGUAGCCUAUGGUGCACACCUGUACGACCAAAUCCACCGGUAUAGGGAGUUUGGGUCAGUGGAAUUGGCACUCAAGUACAAGCUAUUUGAGGACAGUGCGGACGAACCGAGCACACGGGUACGCGACGAUGGACUUUACAUGACCUUGGCGGAGUUCAAGGCACAAUAA